AUGGCUCGUACAAAGCAAACCGCUCGUAAAUCAACAGGUGGCAAAGCACCACGAAAACAACUUGCUACAAAAGCAGCAAGAAAAUCAGCUCCAGCUACUGGUGGUAUCAAAAAACCUCAUCGUUUUCGUCCCGGUACAGUAGCUCUUCGUGAAAUUCGUCGUUAUCAAAAAUCAACCGAAUUGUUAAUUCGUAAAUUGCCAUUUCAACGUUUGGUGCGUGAAAUUGCUCAAGAUUUUAAAACUGAUUUACGUUUUCAAUCAUCAGCAAUUAUGGCAUUACAAGAAGCAUGUGAAUCAUACUUAGUUGGUUUAUUUGAAGAUACAAACUUGUGUGCAAUCCAUGCUAAACGUGUUACCAUCAUGCCAAAAGAUAUUCAACUGGCACGACGAAUUCGUGGUGAACGAGCCUAA